CGUAACGUGACGAUGUUGCGGCCCGCAGCGAUGACGUAGGCGGCACAUUUUCCUUUAAUGGCUCUCACAUCAAAGAUACAGAGCAGAGGUGGGAGAAAAUCAUCCGGAGACGGACCCACAAUCUUGGACUAACGUAACUCCUGAUGUUCAUGAGAUAUUUUUCCAGGCUAUUGUCAGCUAUGGCUGGACCCAGGCCUGUGGUGCUCAGCGGCCCAUCCGGGGCGGGAAAGAGCACUCUGCUGAAGAAGCUAAUGCAAGAAUAUGACAGUGUGUUUGGCUUCAGCGUCUCCCAUACAACAAGAAAUCCUCGACCUGGAGAACAGGAUGGCAAAGGUACAACACGUUCUUCCUCUUUUAUGACCACUGUAACAAACAUCAGUCGUAUUGCAGCUUUAUUUAUCUGUCAUCUUCUUUUUGGGGUUUCAGAUUACCAUUUCGUCACACGGGAGGCGAUGCAGGCAGGGAUCGACAACGGCGAAUUCAUUGAGAGUGCAGAGUUCUCGGGGAACAUGUACGGGACGAGUAAAGCUGCCGUGCAAGCCGUGCAGGCCAAGAACCUCAUCUGUAUACUUGACAUUGACAUGCAGGGUGUGAAGAACAUCAAGAGGACAGAUCUCAAUCCCCUCUACAUCUCCAUCCAGCCACCAUCCAUAGAUGUCCUGGAAAAUCGGUUAAGACAUAGAAAAACCGAGUCAGAGGAGAGUCUUCAGAGGCGUUUACAGAUAGCGACGGUGGACAUGGAGUUAAGUAAAGAACCUGGUAUGUUCGAUGUCCAGAUCGUCAAUGAUAAUUUGGAGGUUGCUUAUGGGCAGUUAAAACAUGCUCUUCUUGAGGAAAUUAACGUGGUCAAGAAAGUCAACAUGUCUUCAUAGGAGACCACAGCACCCUGACUCCUUUGGGUCCCGUCCAGCCACUCCUUACAGAAACACAGGCCUCCAUUCCAGCCGUGAACAUUCCCUCAGAUGGCGGUCUGUGAACUCAGACAAACAUCCCCGUAGUGGAUACACAGAUAUGUAGGUUUUAUAUGGUGCUUAGAGGUAGUUAUUAACAAUGAUAUUACACUCUAAGGUGUAACUUAUUUUUUAUUGUGCUUUCCAUGUUUUUAUUUUCAUUUGUAUGAAGACUCCAAUAAUGCUUUCUUGAUAUGUGACGGGCAUGGUAUGCACGAUGCUCUCUUGGAUAGGGUUUACUAAACACAGAUAUACUACUGCUCGCAGCUUCGUCCUGUCACCAACCUUGACUUACACAAACAGGGAGUAGCAUUACUCAUGUGGAUAAACUGGUCUUUCAAGCAAAGGUGGAGACAAAGCUUGUUUCUGGUUUUCAUGAUGAGUGGCAGCGAGUUAUGCGACUCUUUUUGUGCCACCAGUCAUAUUGUGUUGAUGAGGAGAUAGACUCACAGAGAGGUAUCUGCACAAGUUCAGUUCGGGGGGAAAACUUAUCUGAAACUUCAGCAUUUCAUCUCAUUUCUGGGAUAAAAAAACAUGGUGGCUGUUUACUUUUGAGGGGUUCAUGCAAGUCAUUUUACUGUUAACUAUUCCAGUGCUGGUGAAUGCUUUUCCUUUAAAGAUUGUGUGUAAAAUGCCACAGAACUCCAUUAUAGUUUGGUUUGCUUGAUUGGUUUGCUGUUGUGCUCCAGUAGGAUUAAAUCCCAUCGUAGAGGUAGGAAAUGUUAUUUAGAACAAAAAACACAAGUGCAUCUAAUGGCUCUUAGAAUAGAGCUUUUUUUAUUUACCUUUUGGGCUCCAUGACAGAACAAUCUGUUUAUUUUACAAUUGUAAAUUUGUACGUUUAUAUUGUGUAUCAUUUUGCAGCUUCGCCUGUACAGUAAAAUGACAUUCAGUG